CUACAUUUCCAGUUUCUCAACCCCCUGGCCCUACUGGCCCUAUUGAAGUUCGAAUUCUACUUUCCAGUUCUCCUCAACCCUAGGGUUUUCGGCAUCUUUGCUACAGGGAAAUCUUCCAACUUGACAUCACCCUAGCCAUGGAUUUCAGCGGUGACGAGGAGCAAUGUAGUGCCCUAGCCCUGAGGCUUUUUUAUAGUGAACAUGAUGGCAACUGCUCUGCAGAAGAUCUAGAAUGGGCUGAUUCCUGCCUAAGUCCGAAUCAUGAACUAUCCACGGGCGGCUUGGAUUUGUUCAGAAACUCCUUUGCCUCGUUAGGGAUUCAUCAGGGUUCAAAACAGGAGUCUUCUAUGGAUGAGAAUGGUGAAUUUUGUCCAGCGGAUGACAGGAACAUGUUUGUCCAUAGUGGAAAAGGAAGAGGCUCACCAUUGCUACGUUUGAUAACCGCAUCUGAUGAUCUAACAAAUGAACAGGAUAUGGGGAACAGGAUUGAUUAUGAUCCGAGCAGUGUGACUACUGAUACUCCCAACUCAAAAUUCAACUUGGAGAACGUUUUCCUUCCCACGUACAAUGAAAACCAGAGAGCAAUUGUAACUGCCGACCCAGAGCUAGAUUCGAUCUUUCCAGCAUUUUUUAUGGAGGACCAACCCGCUGAUAACAUAUUUAAGGUCUGGGAAAUAGACAUUCCAGAUGAAGAAGAUGAACUCAUUGGACAUGUGAAAAAAGCCUUAGCUGAGUGCUCCUCAGAGCCUGAAGGUUCUGUCCCUGAAGGUUCCGAAAUGUCAGUAGGAUUGAAUGAUCGGUUUCUUGAUGAUCUUAUUUUACGAUUUGAUGACAUGUCUUUGAGCUGGUAGUCCAGCCGAAUGCGAUGUUCUAAUGGGCUGUAUUACGUAAUUUCUUCCAUUCUCUGUUAUGUUUUUGUCGCAUAUUCCUACAUUUGGUCUAGGUUUUGUGUCUAGAGGACAUUUGAUGUUUGUGUACAUGUUUUUUCUAUGAUUUAUAGAAGCUCUUUCAGGGUUAAUGUGAAUAGCUCUGAAGUUGGAGGGAUUGAAGUAGCUUGGUCCACAGCCGUCAAUUCCUAAGGCCAAUGUUCGAACUCCAUGUCAAAAGACAUUUGCGGUUGUGCGCCUUACCCUAAUUGCUGUUUCCGUAUGAAUUCCAUCUUCUCCGCCCAGCAUCUCUGCAUCUCUUCCAUCUCUUAGAUAAUACUCGACACACCCUAUCUCGACACCAGUCGUUUGUCGAUGAAGGUCUCAACGAGAGGCUCAUGCAAUCCAGCGAUGGCAAUUUGAUUUGGGAAUACAAAUCAUGGGUAUUGAAAUCAGGUGGAUAUCUCACAACACCGUCAAUAGGAGGUCAACUGCCGACCUCAAUUGGUAUCCUGCUCCCCUGACAACAACGGAUGCAGAUC